GACAGUCCAGUUUUUUUGCUCUGAUGUAGUCUGCAAAUAUUGGCCAUAUCUGCAGAGAGUUGUGGACCACUGUCCAGAGUUGGGGGACUUGCUGAACAUGCGCCCGUUUCUCUCCAUCAUGCAUGCAAAAGCGCAUUCAUGGAUGUGUGAGUUAAAAUGGGGGGGACGCAAUCAAGAAGGAGCUGGAACAACAAUCGGGGAGGAGGUUGAACAAGUUAACAGCUUCCUCUCCCGAGCAGCCAUAUGUUCAAAGUACAUGUCAAAAGCCGUUCGCACAGACAUGCUAACAAUCCAGGCAAGUGGCUGGAACAAGCGAAAGGCAGAAAACCUUGACCGGACACUGGCCAAAAGAUACAUCAAGACUGUACAAAAGAUUGCAGAGGCAACAAAGGACCUGGAGAAACUCACUGCUGAGUUAUCGCUACAGCAAGACACAGUCCAGCAGUGGGUGUAUGAUGUUCAGCAGUGGACCUCAGGAGCAACAAUCCAAAAUGACCUGCAGAGGACCAUCGAGGGGCUGUAUUUGAGCAUCAAACAGCGAAAAUUUCAGCUGUAUCGUCAGUCAGGUGGGAAUAAGCGUAGGCAUCAACUGAGAAAAAAGAUUGCUGUUGAGAAGAAAGCCUUGGAAGUUGCCAUCAAUGACCACAAUUCUACUGUGGGGGAUACUGAAAAACUGCCUCCUCCCAAUGAACUUCUUGCUGUGGACAACUACUCCUGGCCAUGGGAAUGUCAUGGUGACAUGGAGCAGAAAAAAAAAGUUUUUGACAAGGUAAUGCUGCUGGCUAGACUGAAAGAAGAAGUUGUUAUUGUGGUUCGCGAAGUCAAGCAGCACAUGGAGUACAUGAGGAGUGUUGCUGGACUGAUUGAAGAGUUUACCUUUCAGCUCACUGAAGACACCAACGGGACAUGCAGUACAGAGGGCUUAAUGGAGAACGGACGUGAGGGACUACUCUGUGUGCUUAAGAGAAGAUUGUGUGAAGUUGAAGCACAACUGGCUACAGCACGCACAACAUACAAAAGUAUUCUUGGACUGCAAACAUUGUCCUUAGUUGACCUCUCUGAAGAGGAAGACUUUGAGAAUACUUCCUCAACUGAUGAGGAACUGGAAGAGUAGUUACACUGCAAAAAAUGAUUUUUUUUGUCUUGUUUUCAGCAGAAAUAUC